UUCUGCGGCGCCUCCAUCUACAACGAGAACUGGGCCAUCUGCGCCGGCCACUGCGUCCAGGGCGAGGACAUGAACAACCCCGAUUACCUUCAGGUCGUUGCCGGAGAACUUAACCAGGAUGUGGAUGAGGGCACCGAGCAGACGGUCAUCCUCUCCAAGAUCAUCCAACACGAGGACUACAACGGCUUCACCAUCAGCAACGACAUCUCCCUGCUCAAGCUGUCUCAGCCUCUGAGCUUCAAUGACAACGUUCGCGCCAUCGAUAUUCCCGCUCAGGGUCACGCUGCCUCUGGCGACUGCAUCGUGUCCGGCUGGGGCACCACCUCCGAGGGAGGAAGCACCCCCAGUGUCCUGCAGAAGGUGACCGUUCCCAUCGUGUCUGACGACGAGUGUCGCGAUGCUUAUGGCCAGAGCGACAUUGAGGACUCCAUGAUCUGUGCCGGAGUGCCCGAGGGCGGCAAGGACUCGUGCCAGGGUGACUCUGGCGGCCCCCUUGCCUGCUCUGACACCGGCUCCACCUACCUGGCCGGCAUCGUGUCCUGGGGCUACGGCUGUGCCCGUCCCGGCUACCCUGGCGUGUACGCUGAGGUCUCCUACCAUGUCGAUUGGAUUAAGGCCAAUGCUGUUUAAUCAAGUUGUUUAACAUGUACUUACCUUGAAAGCAAUAAAGAAAAAAAAUAUA